UUUGUUAGUUUUUACAAUUAAUGUCUUCGUAUUAAAAACUACUUUAACAGAAAAUGUUAUCUAUAUAUGCGGUGGUUAUGAUAGUACGUCAAUAGUAGACACUUGUUAUAGUUAUGACAAACAAUUAAAAGUUUGGAAAACAAUGCGAUAUAUGACUACAAAACGGGAAGAUUUUGGUUUGGUUUCAAACGAUUCAAAAUUAUAUGCAAUCGGCGGCUAUAAUGGCCAAAUAACCAAUAGUGUUGAAGCAUACGAUAUAAAAACAAAUACAUGGAAAUUAGUUUCAUCAAUGAACUUACUUAGAUAUAAAUUUGAUGCAGUUUUAGCUAAUAAUCAUAUUUAUGUUUGCGGUGGAUAUAAUGGUGAAAUAUUAAAAUCAUGCGAAUAUUAUUCCGAUAUAAGCAAUAAAUGGUAUUUUACAAAACCAAUGACCAUUGAAAGGGAUAGUCUGGCACUGGUAUCGCACGACGGGCUUAUCUAUGCAAUGGGUGGCUAUAAUGAAAAUGGAUAUUUAAAUUCAAUGGAAAUGUUCGAUACGACAACUGUUCAUUGGACAUUCAAAGCAAAUAUGACAUCAACAAGAGGAAAUUUUGGUUCAGCAUCAUUUAUGGGCAAAAUAUAUAUAUGAGGCGGUGAGGGUACUAUCAAUUGAAAAUCAUGCGAAACAUAUGAUUCCAAAACCGAUAAAUGGACACCAAUU